CUCUGUUUAUUAUUUUAAUAUUGUUGUAAUGAUUGUAAUUUACAUCAUUGGAGAAAAUGUAGUUAAGUUGAAUCUGUAUUUUAUAUUGAUCUGAGUUAAGCAUAUUUCAUUGAUAAUUAUUUAAAUGUUCAUAUUUUUACAUACUUAUUUAAAAAUUAGAACAGCUAAAAUGUUUAUUAUACGUUUUAUUUUGUUUAUUAGUUUGUAUAUUAUUAGACCUGGUAAGUAUACUUAAACAAAUAAUUUUAUUCCAUACAAUUAUUAAUAAAAUGCAUAUUUUAUUUUUAGGUUCAUCGGAUUUUGUUUCAGUCCAAGAUCAAAUGUAUGCAAAUAUUAGAGCAGAUAAUCCAUGUUUUCUUAGACUCAAUGGUACUAAUCAAUUUGGAUGUACUUGUAAGUUUUAUUUGAAUUUUUUUGGCAUAAGUAUUUAAUUUAAAUAAAAAAUUAUAAUUUCUUGCAAUUACAGCUUCAAGAUUUGGAAAUGUUGGCACUUUACAUUUAGUUCUAAAUUCAACUGAUUUGAAUUGGUUAUUAAAUGAAGGAAAGGCUGAUCCUUAUACUGUAGCAUUAACACCAACAAUGUUUAAUAAGUAAAAUAUAUUAUUUAUUUAUAUCAUUUUAGUAUUUUAGUUUAUAAAAACAUAUUAUUUCAUCCCAUUUUAUACUUUGCUCAUCGAUCUUAAAUUAUAAAUUCUAUAUUUUGGAAUUUUUUAAAUUAAAUAUUAUUAAAUUAUUAAUUUUACUAUUACUGUAAAUAAUUAAUAUAUAAAUAAAUAGUGUUUAUUUUCAGAAAAGUUUUAGGAAGCAUUGAAUCGUCUAAAGUAGUAAAUGGAGUAUUAUUGUUAAUAAAUAUGACUAAUCAUGAAGUGAUGAAUGAUUUACAAACCAAUGGAUUUAGUCCAGAAGAUACAUGUCCUAAUCGUUAUUCAGAUACAAGUAGUUGUCCCAAUGUACCAUGGAACCCUAAUGGUACUAAUAUUCUUUUAGAAAAUUGGAGUUUUCCCAUUUUUAUUAUUUCUGAUCAAAAUGCUAUCAAAGAAAUAACCGAUGUAAGUAAUAAGUUGUUUACCUGGUUUAAUUUGUUAUCAAUGUUGAAUUUAAAUUUUAUUUAGGAAAUAUUAACAAUUUAAUUCUCUGGAAGAAAUACAUUUUAUAGAUGAUAAAACAUUUAGUUAAUGCACAGUUUUUUUUUAUCUAUUUUUAUUUUUAUAUUAUACAUAUCAACUUUAUAGUAAAAAGAAAAAUGGGAAUGUACAUUCUAUACCAUUCCAAAAUAAUAUUUAGGAUAGCAUUUAAAAUAAUAAAACUAAAGUCAUUAUGGUAUAUACUAUGGACCUGGUGAAAGAUAUAAAUUAUGUUAGUUGCAAGCACCAGUGGUUUUUUUUUUAUUACUACCAAGUAUUUUAAUGUUAUGUCUUCUUAACAUAAUUAUAAUUUAAUGCAAUAAUGAAUUAUAAUAAAUAGCAUAUGGUAAUUUUUUUCAGUGUUUUUAUAAAUAUAAUUUACCUUUAAAUAAUCAAAAUGAUCGUUCAUUGUGUGCUCUUGAAUUGAAGUCACAUAUGUAUGCUGCAGUAGAUUCAAAAACAUGUAUGAGACGAACACAAAUGACGUAUCAAAAUAUAAGACCAAGUAAAUAAUUAUUUUAUUAAUAAUGGUAGUGUAUUUUUUAUAGUACAUUUUUUUUCUUUUUAAGUAAAAUUUUGUGAUCCAUUGGGUGAUAAAAAUAUAUAUUGGUCCCUGAAAGAGCUUAAACCUAAAAUAUCAAAUAAGUCUGUUGCAAUUGUUGCGGCUCGUUUGGAUGCUACAUCUAUGUUUCAAGAUUUAUCACCUGGUGUACUAUCAGCAGCAACAUCUAUUGUAACAUUAAUGGCUACUGCUAAUUUGGUUUCUGAAAUGAUUAAUUACAAUGAUACAAGAAAUUAUAGUAAGUUCUUAGAUUUUGUUUAUCUAAUAUUACCCAAGAGUAAUAAUUUUCUAAAAAUUUGUUUACAUUUGAUUGACCAAAUUAAUGAUUAGAUUUAUCCACUAAUUUACUAACCUUUAUCCAUUUAAAAGGAAUAGGUACAGCAGUAUUGCAGACAAAUAUAACAUUUUAGACUGAAAAGUCAGACAAAACUGUUGAGAUGGCAUUUGACGGAUUUAAAUUUUGAAAACGCUAUACGAUUCUUUAGGUUAUUUACUAGAAUACAUUUUAAUUAUUUUACCUUUCUUUUUUAUUAGUAAAAUGUUAAAUACAUUUUGUGAAUUUUUGAAAAAUGUUCAAAAAUAUAAAUUAUUAUUAUAUUUUAUAAUUUUUAGUAAAAUAAUUAAAUUUAUGUUGUAAUAUUGUAGUGAAAAAUCUAAAAAAGCAUUUUCUGUUUUCAAAACUGAAAUAUGUCAAAUAGAAUUCCUAUAGUUUGAUCUGACUAUUAGAUUUUAAUUUACUGAAAUAUAUACUGUCACUAAUCUCUUUAAACAAUUAUAUUUAAUUAAAAAUUGUUUACGAUUGUAUAGUUGUAUAUUUAUAUUUGUUUUUAUGUUAAAUUGUUCAGCAAACAACAUAAUGUUUAUUUUAUUUAACGGAGAAGCCUAUGAUUACAUUGGAUCAAGCAGAAUAGUCUAUGAUAUGUUACAAGGAGAUUUCCCUAAUAAUAUAAUUAAAUUCAAUAAAGACCACGUUGGUUUAUAUGUAGAAUUAUCUCAAAUACAUUAUGAAAAAGAAGUUAUUUUUCAUAAUCCAACUUAUGUAUGUAUAUUAUUGAUACCUUUCAUUUUCUCUUGUCAUUAUUAAUUAAAUUUUAGGCAAGUGGUAAUAUCAUCAGUUUCAUGGACGAGUUUAAAGCUAGACUUAUUGAAGAUGGUUUUAAAAUGAAUUCAUCAAAUGUCAAAUCUAUACCGCCUGCAUCAAUUCAUUCUUUUUUAAAACAUGAUCCCCAUUUUCCUGGUGUUGUUUUGACAGGAUUUAAUGAACAAUUUAAAAAUAAGUAUGUUUAUUAUUUUGAAAUUACUUACUGUAUAUUUUUAAUGCUAUGAAGAAAUUAAUAGUUUAUCAUUUUAAAAUUUGCUCAUAUUCUUUAAACAUUUUCCAUUCAGAAAAUAUAGUUGAAUUAUAUUAUUUAUACUUUAAAUUAAAACUAUUUUAGUCUAAUGAUAUAAAUUAAUCAAGAAUGUCUAUAACUACUUAUGGUUUUUUUUUUUUACCUGAAAAGAAUAUUUUUUAAAAUUUGUAUGAACAUUUUUUAUUGAGUUUAAAUAUGUAUUAGAACAGAUGUAUGUAUCUUACAGAUAUACAAAUUUUGUAGGGACCAAUUUAUGAGUCAACUAUGGUGGAUGAGACAUGUUAAACCGGGUUUUUUUAACAAUAAUGGGCACACUAUUCUCUUAACGUGAGCUAUGAUUAAUUAAAGGCCACUUUAUCUUCAUAACCGUCUCUGGCAAUAUAACAAAAUUGGAUUAUUUAGAAAGUUAUUGAAGCAUUUAAAUUGAAAUUAGAAUUUAAAAACUGAGUUUUUUUGUAUAUUCAUAUUGUAAUAUUAUAACUACUAUAAAAUAUAAAUAGAUAUUUAAAUUCUGGAGAAAAGUAAAAAUUUCCCUGAUAUUAAAAUACAUAUAUAUGUUGAUAUUUUUUUAAAAAAAAAAAAACACUGCAAAAUUAUUAUUUAUUUUAUGUUUUUAAAGGUUUUAUCAUAGUAUUUUGGAUAACAUUGACAAUAUACAAUAUAGUAAAAUGUCACAAACUAUAGCCAAUAUAUCAACAUCUCUUAGUUACUCACUUUAUACAUUCCUAACUAAUUCAAGUUACAAUGGUUUAAAACAAGCAAAUGCUACUUAUGUAAGUAAUAAAUAUGAUGUGUAUUUUAAUUUUUAAUAUAAUGAAAUUAUAUAUCAAAAUUAUUUUCGUUCCAGGUCACUAAAUUAUUAGAUUGUUAUGUUAAAUCUAUUAAUUGUGAACUUUUUCAAUCAUUAACUUCACCAUUACAACUACCUGAUAGUCGUCCUAAUUAUUAUAUUAGUAUAGAUUCAAUAACAAAUCCACUCACUAGUCUUUCACGGCUGUUAUUUGCUUCUUUUGGGAGUCAAAAAAUUAAUUCAAUUCUAAAUGAAGAAGAUUGUAUCAACUACCAAACACAACAGGUUUAUAAUUACUAUAACAACAAAUAAAAACAUACAGGAAAGUGGAUUACCAAUGUGUAAUUGGUGCUCCAUUUUUUAAUUUCAUACUUUUAUCUAGAUUCUAGAAGGUUGUUCAAAAUUAUUUUAAUUGAUAUAAUUCUAAUCAAAGUGUUAAAGCAUUUAUCAUAUGUAAUUUUAUAGUUGACUUUUUGUUAAGAUAUCUUAUUUCAGAUAAUAGACAUAUAUAUAUAUAUAUAUAUAUAUAUAUAUGUGUGUGUGUGUGUGUAAUAUAGUAUAUUUAUAUAUUAUUAUUUUGAAAAAUUUAAUAAUUAUUUGUAUUUUAUAGGGUUUUAUACCUAUAUGGUUAAGAGGAAAAUAUAAUGCUUGCUAUUUAACCACAUCUAAUUUUACUGAUGCGGUUAGCCCAGCGUUUGUUAUUCCUGGUAUGUAUGAAAUUGAUGUUAAUUAGGUAUAAAUAUAUUAAAUGUUUGAAAUGUACAAUAAUGUAAAAUCAUAUUUAGGUACAAAAUAACCAAAAAUCCAAAAAUUGAUUUUAUUUUAUUUUGAUUAUAUCAUAUCAAAAUUUGAGCUAUACUAAAACAUACAAAUUGGUUCAAAUUUUAAUACUCUUCCUAAAAUUAAUUUAAAAUUAAUAUUUUUAUGUAUUAUAAAUAUAUUUCUGAUUUUUAGAUUAUGAUUUUUCUACACCCGAAUAUUCAACAUGGACUGAAUCAGUUUGGCAUGAAACACAGAUCCGCAUGUUCCUCAGACAAUCACAUAGACUUCAAAUUAUUAUAUUUAUUUUUGGAAUUUUAAUAUUUUUAAUUUCUUUUAUUGUGAUUCAUAAAGUUUAUGCUCAAGCUGGGAUUUAUCUUGUUAACCAAGAGUAAGUUAUAAAAAACAUUUAUAUAGCUUAUAAGCGUCACAACUAGUAAUGUUACAAUUGAACACAAAUAAUAAUCCAUAAUAAUAUUAUUUGUUAUUUUACUUUAAUGAUCAUUAGUAAUUAUAUAUUUUUUUUUAGUUUGUUAUUAUAAAUAACUGAUGAGUUAAAUUUAAAUUUUAGGGCAAAUUCAGUUACAAGUUGUUGAAAAAGCUACAAGUAAUAUUUUUAUUACAGUUGUCUGUGAUUUAUUUUCUACAUUUUAAUUUUUUUUGAAGUAAUAAUAUGUACUACUACUCUUUUUAUAUUUAAUAUUUAAUCAUAAUUAUAAUAACAAUAUUAAUUCAUGUAAAUCAUUUUUAAAAUAUGGUAACUUAAAUAUUGUAUUUAUUCUAUAUUUCAUAUUUCUAUGAAAUAUUAUUCAUGUUAAUAUUAUUAUUAACUUUUGAUUAUAAAAAAAAAAUUAUUAAUCAAUCAUAAAAAAUUGUUAACUUUAUAUAAUUAUUUGAAUGUUAAGGUUACUAUUUUAUUUAUUAAAAAAUAAAACAAAUGAAUAAUGAUUUUUUUAGGUUUUGACUAUUUUUUAAUUAGUUAAUUUUAUAUAAACCUAAGAUAUUUUAUUAAGUACAUUUUGAUUUAAAAAAAGUCUACAUUUAUUUUAGCUGUAAUUUCUACUUUAGAUUAAAUAAAUAAAUUGUAAUGCUUCUGUCCUAUAUUCUACGAACAAUACCAAAAAGAAUAUAUUUAAAAGUUUAUGUUAUUUACUUAAUAUUAGCAUUACUUUUACUCCAAUUUUGAAUACUUAUAUAUUAGUUAUUUUUUAAUUAAAAAAUGUUUUAAAUCUAUACUAUUUAAUGUAUUUAUGUGGUUAGUCUGAAAUAAUUUUUAUAUAAGUUGUACAAAUAUUUAAUAUUAACUAUCAAUAAUGAACUCACU